UUUUUUUUUUUUAGCUUAUUUAAAAAUCAUUCAAUCAAAAUGGCAAAAGAACAUAUGCAAUCAGCUAAAGUUGUUUUAAUUCUUUGUUCUUGUUUUUUUGCUUAUGGUACUUAUUGGUCAGAUUGGGCAUUUGAUUAUUACUUUCUUUGGGCCAAUUUGAAUGAAUAUCCAAAUGCAGUUACAAGAGCUUCACAAUAUUAUGUUAAUCAACUCAAUGCGCCUGACAUUAUAAAAUACAUUCCUUUUGCUAACUUGUUAAUUGCAGCUGUUGGAUUUGCAGCAGGUUUGGCCAACAUGACAGAUGGUAACAUUUUAUUUGAUGGUGCUUCUUUGGUUUUAAUGCUUUUCGCCCUUUCUACUCAUUCAACCACUGUUAGGCCUGCAAUCCAGACUAUUUCCGAAACUGAUGUUGUAUCUGAAUUGACAAAGAAUUUAAAGAAUAUUGCUGCUGCUCAUUUUAUCAUUACUCUUGCCAUUACUGGUAUUGUUGGAUUACAAAUCACUCAUUAUAUUUUAAAUAAGAGAGCAGACAAUGCUGAAGCUGUUACUGCUUCAGAUUCUAAAAAGAACAAUUAAUUAAAAAAAAAAUGUAUUAUUAUUGUAAUUAAAUAAAACAGUGUACUAUGUAUUUUAUAAAAUAAAAUAAA